CGGCCCGAUAUAUCGGCCGGCCGAUAUAUCGGUCGACCUCUAGCUGCUUUCUUUGACUGCCUGCUCCUUCUCGGGUUUCUGUGCUCCAUCAGAGCAGAGUCUGGAUCGCAGGAGGCUUUUUAACGAUGGCGAGUCUGGGGGCGUCUUAAGGCUGCUGAGUCAAAUGCAGCAAACGCCGCUUACGGCCACCUGCCAGAGCUGCCCCGGAGACGCGGUGAAGGUGAUACCUCGGCGCGGAGCUAACUUGCGGAGGGUCCAUCCCAGUAUUGGGGGGGCAGGUGUGUCCAUGGAUCCCUUGUGAAGGGUGGGGGAGGGGCAGGCAUUCUCUCCCAGGGAAGAGACAUUCUCCAUUCUGGUGCCCAGCAUCGAGACUCGCAGCUGACUUCACGUGAUCUGUCCAACCUGCUUCCCUGCCUCUGUGAUACCUAGAGGCCCUCCCCCACCAUCCCACCAUGAACUCCAUCUUUGCCCGGCUGCACCCUGGGCGGGUGGAGUGGGGUGAUGUGCUGUACCGGCUGCAGUCACGGGUCCUGCGGACCAAGCCUGUGGACACCAUGCUGGACGGCAGCGGUGCUGACACGCACGGCACGCAGCUGGCACGUGUGCUCACCACCGUGGACCUGGUGUCGCUUGGCGUGGGCAGCUGCGUGGGCACCGGCAUGUAUGUGGUUGCCGGGCUGGUUGCCAAGGAGAUGGCGGGGGCCGGGGUCAUCCUGUCCUUCUGUAUUGCCGCCAUGGCAUCCAUCCUGUCCGGAGUGUGCUACGCCGAGUUUGGCGUGCGCGUGCCCAAGACGACAGGCUCCGCCUACACCUACAGCUAUGUCACGGUGGGCGAGUUCGUGGCCUUUUUCAUCGGCUGGAACCUGGUACUGGAGUACCUGAUUGGCACGGCGGCCGGUGCCAGCGCCCUCAGCAGCAUGUUUGACUCACUGGCCAAUCACUCCAUCAGCCACUUCAUGAUCGACCAUCUGGGCACACUCCAUGGCCUGGGAAAGGGUGAGCAGUCAUACCCAGACGUCCUGGCACUCUUCAUUGCCGCCCUGGUCACGGUGAUCGUGGCGUUGGGCGUGAAGAACUCGGUGGGCCUCAACAACAUCCUGAACGUGGUGAACCUGGUGGUGUGGGUCUUCAUCAUGAUUGCGGGACUCUUCUUCGUCAACCCCUCUAACUGGGGUGAUGGGCGUUUUCUACCCCAUGGGUGGACAGGGGUCAUGCAGGGAGCUGCCACCUGCUUCUAUGCCUUCAUCGGCUUUGACAUCAUCGCCACCACCGGCGAGGAGGCCAAAAGCCCCAAUACAUCGAUACCCUAUGCCAUCACCGCCUCGCUGGUCACCUGCCUCACCGCCUAUGUCUCAGUGAGUGUCAUCCUGACCUUGCUGGUACCCUACAACAAAAUCGACGGCGAUGCACCACUCAUGGAGAUGUUUGUAGUGCAUGGCUUUGGCUUUGCCAAGUUUGUGGUGGCGGUGGGCGCCGUGGCUGGGCUGACCGUCAGCCUCCUGGGGUCGCUCUUCCCCAUGCCGCGGGUCAUCUACGCUAUGGCUGGCGAUGGCCUGCUCUUCAGGUUCCUGGCACACGUAAGUCCGUUCACAGAGACGCCGGUGGUGGCGUGCGUGGCCUCAGGCUCACUGGCAGCCCUCCUGGCGUUGCUGGUGAGCCUGCGUGACCUGAUUGAGAUGAUGUCCAUCGGCACGCUGUUGGCCUACACGCUGGUCUCUGUGUGCGUGCUGCUGCUGCGGUACCAGCCCGAUGCUGGUGCCACCACCGUCACCGAGUGCCCCCCUGAGGACGAGGGUGGUGGCGAGGAUGAGGCUGACGGCAAGAUGGGUGAUGGGCCGGCAUUCCAGCAGGGAUCACCAUACCAGGGCGCCACCACUCAGGACGAGUACGAUGGCAUGGGUGACAAUGCCUGUGGCGCCAAGAACCUGCCAUCGGGGGGCGAUGGUGAGAUGCUGUAUGAUGAAGGCCCAGACAACAUAUGCACUGCACUGCUGCGGCGCCUUCUAGGCCCACGGUACCACAUCCUGCGGGCUCGGCUGGGCCUGCCUGGCCGCACUGCCAGGCCCACACCCGCCACAGGCCGCAUUGUUACUAAGAGUGUGCUGAUGCUCUUCGUGUGGGCCUUCCUGUUCUUUGGUGCUGAACGCGAAGGUGGCGGGUGGGGGGUGCUCUCCGUGCUGCUGAUGGUGCCUGUGGCCGGCAGCCUCCUGUUGGUCAUCAUGCGACAGCCCGAGAAUCCCCGCAAGCUGCCCUACAUGGCACCCUGCGUGCCCCUGGUGCCGGCCUGCGCCAUCAUCGUCAACGUCUACCUCAUGCUCAAGCUGUCUCGCAUCACCUGGAUCCGCUUCGUCGUCUGGUGUUUGCUGGGGCUGGUAAUCUACUUCAGCUACGGCAUGUGGAACAGCAACCUGGAGCUGCAUGCCCGCGAAGAGGAGGCGAGUGCUAGCUCGUACCAGCGCUACGACGGCGGUGUGGAUGACAGCUUUGGCACAGAGGAUGCAGCCCCCUACCCGCAGGACGACGAUGAACCAUACCAGGGCUGGGGGGCACAGCAGGAGGGCGGGUACCAGCAGCAGUACCAGGCAGGCCCACCGCAGUGGGACGAGGGAGAUGGGCGGACCUAGGCGUUUCUCUGGGGAUGGGGGACAGGGUCGGUCCUGCUUGCCAGAAGGGGGCGCCGGCGAGCAGCCGAGGGCGGGAGCCCCUACCGGGGAAUGCCUAUUUUAACCGAGUUGAUGGGUUUUCCUGUACUCUUCCUACUGACACCCUAGUUGAAAUCUUCAUGAAAACUAGUAUGAUUUUACACCUGUCGCCGCAUUACUCACCAGUGGCUUUACUGGUAUGGUGCCAAACCAGUAAGUGCUGCCUUGGGUAAUGUGGCCUGUACUGGUAGCGCACUGGGUUUCCAGUAGGGUCUCUCUCCUCGUUCGCCAGCACUGAUGUCCGUUCCCCCUUGUGUGCAUUUGCUGAUGUGUCACAUGACUCAGCGGGGUGGCAGAGAAUCCCGCCCCUUCCUGUCCCCCCCCAGUCAUGUGAUCAGGUACAACAGAGUGCUGUUUCUAUGUGAUGAAUGUGGUCCAUCCAUGGUGAUUUAAUUACAAGGUCAGUCUUGAUUUAGCUCCCAUCUGCUGCCGGUGGCAAUUCAAAAGUAAUGUUUUCAUUAAAGAUGAUUAUUUCAAUAGUAUGUUUAUUUCAUGGGUUCUGAAACCAUCAAUCUGCACCUUGCCUGCCUGUCUGUGUGCUUUAUAAGUAUGAAGUCAGGAUGGACCUUUACCCCCAUAUCCAUAUGUGUAUGGAGAAGCACACGCCCCCCCAGCCUGACACUCAUGUGCAUGCUUAUUGCUGAUUGCUGUGUUCAUGUAGGCUGCACGCUGGGUCUCUUCAGAUCGUUACAACUCUCACUGCUCGUUGCUCAGCUCGCAGCUGUGUUUCAGUUAAUUGGUUUAUCCCCUCGUAUCAUAGAUACGUCAAUCUGCUACCGGAAAGGGGUAUCCCCCCCCCCCCCUCCCCAAAAAGGAAAUCUCUCCAAGGCCCUCAGGACUUACACUGAAAUAAGCAAAAGUAAAAUCCCACUAAUUCUCUGAAUGAGGAGGACGCUCAUUUCAUGGCUUUCAUGAGUCAGCAGCCCAGCACGGCCCCUGAUGAAUGACUUCAUUUCCUGUCAGCUGAUCAUGUUUCAUUGAAAUUACAGACUGGCUUCCUCAGAGAGCCUCGCACCCGUGUGCCUGUGGCAUCCGGCAGUCUGGGAUUCUGUGCUGUGAGUCCGAGGCGUGACCCUGUAUUCCUUCUUCACUUUGCCUGUUUCUGUAAUGGAGAGCCUGAUGUCAUCAUUUUACUGCUGUGCAUCUUCCCUAUUUGCUCAAACCCAUGGUAGGGCUUUGCAAACAUAUUUCCGGGGCAAAAAUUUGAAAUUUGUCACAAAUGUAUAAUAUGAUUUUCACACCUUUCUUAGUGUCAGAUAGCGGCACUUUAAUGUGUAUUUUGUAUUAUACUAUCUGUGCAUUACUCACCAGCAGAAACUCUGUGUGUCUGUGUGUUGUAUUUUGAAUGACGUUGCAGUAAGUUUUGUCGGUUGUUGUUUGGAGGUUUCUCGACAUGCUGACGCACCGGCUGUCUUUACUAGAUGAUUCCUGACACUGGAAAUGGGUCUUUACCAAAAGGGAUCAGCUUAAUAAAAGCAGAUGCUGGACUACAGCCCCUGGGCCUGGUCACAGCUCGAUUUGAUGCUCAUAAAUGUCUGCCUCUCUCUGCGUCUGCGUCAGUGUGCUGAGUGUAUAUCAGGGUUAAACUGUGCUAUCAUCCGAACACAAGGUGAUCAUGUGAUCACA